AAGUAGUACCUAGGCUUCACCAUAAUCAAAAGAUCACAUCAAUCUUCAAUCAUUUCCAGUGACAAUUCCAAUGGAUUUCCACAGCCUCACAAGGAGAGAGCUCCAAGCUCUUUGUAAGAAGAACAAAAUCCCAGCUAACAUCACUAAUGUCGCCAUGGCUGAUGCGCUCGCUUCUCUCGACACUGUCGAUGGUAUUGAGGAGUUCCUGAAUCCAUGUGAAUCGGAAACUGCAGACUCCGCGUCCAUGGUGUCUCCUGAAAAGUCGAAAAAAGUAUCAGCGAGUGUACCUUGUACCUCGACUAGGACUGGCGGGAGAGCAAGAGGAACGACGGCCAAAGCUGUCAAUGAAGCAAAGGUUGAGAUGAUUGAGACUCCUGCCUUGCCAACUACCAGAAGAAGAAGGGCUGCAGCAACUUCAGUUCGUUCGAAAUUGGAAACCUCAAUGAAAGAAUGUGAAUCAGAUGAGCACAUUGGUGAUCAGGUUGAGAUGGAAAAGAAAGAGGUUCCAAAGACACCAGCAGCUGGGCAUACUAGCCGAAGAAGGGAAGUGAAGGCAAAGACUUCAGUCACGCAAGUGAAUAGCACCCGUCGAUCAACUAGGUUAGCUGGGAAAACUGGCUCUGAAUCAAUCACACAAGAGAACGAAAAAUCGGGAUCCAUUACGUAUGAUGCGUAUUCGGAAGACGAUAAUGAAAAUUUGGAGGUGGACUCUAAGCAGCAUUCUAGUCAUGAGAAUGAAGAAUUAGAUAGAAAUGGUAUUGAUUUGAAAGCAGCAGAAGAGAGUUUGGAUGUCGAUAAAGCUUCAGAGAUUUUAUCAGUUCAAGAUUCAAAUGUCUUGGUAGAAAACUUAAUGGAAGUGGAAGUUGGUGUUCAAGAAGUAAGUGCCGAUAGCCUUGCAGUUGAUGUCUUGAACAAAGAAGCAGAAAAGGGCUUGGAGGUAGAAGUACCGUAUCACAGUAACAACGGGCCUGAAGAAGUAUAUGCAAAAGAAGAUAAUGUACUUGAAAACGGGAUUCAAAUGGUUUCUGGCGAAGAGGAAUCUGGGGGUCUGCAUUCUAAAAUGAUGGACGUUGAGCUCCUUGAAGAUAGCGUUGUUGAUGCAUUCAACUCUGAGAAUGAGAAUCAAAUUGAGUCCAUGAACGAAGUGAACGGAAAUAAACAAAUAGAAGGAUCUGCUGCAAAGGAAGUGAAUGAUGGAGAGGGAGAAACAAAAGACGAAGAUAUUCAGAACAAAAGCCAGGAGUUGACCCAAGAAAAUCAACCCCACUGGGACGAAAUCUUUGAUUUUGAGGAAGAUAAUGUUGCAGAGGAAAACCAUGAUGAUGAGAUAUAUGAAUGUGAAGUGGAUGAUGGAACAGAAUCUAAUUCUGACGAUGCAGGAGAAGGAGAGUUGAUGGAACACAAGAAAGAAAAGGGGGAGAUAAAUGUUAGUGGAAAUCUUCAGUGUUUGAAAGAUGUUUCAGAAGCUAAUGUAGAGCUUCCUGGAGACAAACUGAUGGACAAAUCUGAAGUUGACGGUGAUGAGGCUGAUGUGGAUAAUACUGCUGCUGCUCCUCUUUUCCCCUUGGUUUCUCUUGUUCCUAAUGCCAAUUCAAUGGGAGAAGUUGAAAGUUUUAAUGCAGAAACUAACUUGGAUGUUCUUGAUAUGAAUUUGUUCGGGCAGUUGAACCGUGAGAUGGAGGCUAAGGCGAGUGAAGGUCUUCAUCUUCUGAAAGAUGUUUCAGAAGCUAACAUAGAAUUUGCUGGAGAAGAACCCAUAAAAGAAUUUGAAGCUGAUGAUGCACAGGCUGAUUUGGAUCCUGCUGCUCAUUCCCCUGUGGCUUCGCCUAUACCUAAUGCUGCCUCAAAAUCUGUCUCCACUUUGAUACUGGAACCAGUGCAUAUUCCGUCUGCCUCGACAACAGUGAACCCUGUUCUCAUCACAGAAACAAGCUGUUUGACACCAGUGAAGAUAUCUUCAAGCAAGACACCAAUGAAGAAGUCCAUGAGCAAAGCAUCAGCAGCAACAAAAGUGGCUCAGAUCCACGAUGACAAGGAGAAUAUAGAUAACAGUGGCAGAAAAUUCGUCCUGACAAAAGAGAAGUUGAAGAAAAACAAAAACAAUGCUGGCAAUAACAGUAAGCAAUCCUUGCAAGAUUUAAGCUUGAGGCAGCUUACAAAAAUGUUGAAAGAGAUGCAUAUUUCAAAAGAUCCUAAAAUAAUGGAUAGCACUAACACAAAGGCGGCAAGUUCAAGACCAGCUUUGCAGACACUUCCAGAAAAUCGCUUGAUGGGUGAAACUGAGAAGUGAGGCUUACAAGGCAAACCAUUUUGCCAUACAUUAACUUAGAGAGUGGAAUGAUAGAAUAUAACUAGUCUUGCAAACCUUCUUGGUUUGCCCUUCAGAGAUGUAUCAAAAUUGUGAUCGCUCUUAUUUAUGCUUCCUUUGAGUUUAUGAAAACUUAUGAAGUUUAUUCUAGUAA